AUGGUUAUGGUUCACUUGGUUGUUCACCUUGUUGAAGAAGUUAAACUUGGAGGUCCUGUUCAUUAUCGAUGGAUGUAUCUUGUUGAAAGAUAUUUGGGAAAACUUAAAUUGUAUGUACGUAAUAAGGCAAAACCAGAAGGGUCUAUUGCAGAAGGAUACCGUUUUGAAGAGAUUCUUACAUUUUGUUCAAGAUAUCUAGAAAAUAUUGAAACUAGAUGGAAUCAACCUGGACGUGUAGAUGAUGACCCUAUUGGUGAUAUCCAAACAGGAUCACGUGUAGCCGAAUUAUUUCCUAUAUUUGGAAAACCCGUGGGUGGAUCUUCUUAUUACACCCUAACACCAAUUGAAAAGUUGCAGGCUCAUAGACACAUUUUAACGAAUUUUCCAAUAGUUGACGACUAUCUAAAGCAGUUCCGAAGUAUUACUCAGAAUCAAAUGAAGCGCAGUCAAAGAAGUGCUGCUGAGAUAGAUAAGAAGGUUCAUAGAGAAUUUGCUCACUGGUUCCGUAAUCGUAUUUGCAACAAUCUUGACAACAUUCAUGGACCAGAUAAAGAUGCUCUCAUUAGCCUUGCUUAUGGCCCUUUUGAUAAAGUUAAAAGAUUUACUGCAUUCAAUGUCAAUGGAUUCAAAUUUCAAACAUUGGAACGGGAUAAUCUUUUAAAAACUCAAAAUAGUGGCGUUUUUGGCUUGUUUGGGACGUGA